CGUCAAAGAGUUGUUCGAAGUGGCGUGGUCGCGAUCGUGGAGCUGAAACGUGGAUAGUUUGGAUCUUUUCUUGAGGUUGUUUUGGAUCCGGCGAAAUCUUCCACAUGAGAGAGAAGAGCACCGAUGUCGACAACGAGAAUCAGAAUCGAAUCAUAAUAAUUAUUAAUAAUAUAAUAUAAUAAUGCAAUCAUGGCCUCUCCCAUGGUAGCGAGAAGCUUGGUUGGAGCAGGCCUGGUCGUGGCGUUGGCGAUGUUGGUGUCGGGGAAGCACACUGAUAUGUUUGAUCAAGAUGGUGGCAGGCUUGACCUUUGGAUGUCGAUCGCUUUGGUGGUAGCUUCGUUGACGGUCCUUUUGUCGAUCGGUCUAGUAACCAGUGAGGUUCCAAUCCCCCCAACGCCUCGCAUCAAGCUGGGCACUCAUGGAUAUGACCUGACACCAGUCAAUUCUCCAGCUUGCAGUGGUUUUGUGCUUCGAGUUGUCGCCAGGAUUGUUGGAAGCAAGGUGCUGGGCCACUUGAUUAUUCGCCCCAUUUUGAAUAACAACAAUCCUUGGAUGUUACGGGAUUUGGCACGACAAAUUGCAAGUGAACGCAUCCCCAUAAUGAGCCUUCCCUUUUGUCGAGUCGAUGGCAAGACCGUAACCGAUGACAUGGCCAAGACUGCAACGGAUGCACUGCAGCAGGGCCUUCCUCGUUCCUACACGGCCAAGGAUAUUGUUGGAGUGAUGGACUACUACAUUGCAUACACGUCAGGAGCUGUCAAACCUUCCGAAAUGAUGACUCAAGUAUUGGAAGGAAUGGAAAAGCUAAAGUAUAUGAGCAUGUUCAUGGCCUCUGACAAGGAAAGUGUUAUGGAGCAAGCCAAAGCAUCAGACGAAAGAUGGGCACGACAAGCUCCACUUUCGGUUUGGGAUGGAGUCCCAGUUUCUGUAAAAGAUUUUAUCAAAGUCAAGGGAUACAAGCGCUCCAAUGGAAUGACGCUGCUCGACUCGGAUCCCGUACAAACCAAGGACGACAUUAUGGUCAAGAGAUUUCGAGAAGCUGGCGCCAUCAUCUUGGGCACCACAGUGCUGACAGAGUAUGGUAGAUGCCCUUUAGGCUACAAUUCGCAUUACAAAGGACCGUUCAACCCUUACGACGAGAGCUGCUACAGCGGGGGGUCCAGCUCGGGUUCAGUGUGUUCAGUUAUGACGGGUCUGGUUCCAGUUGGCAUUAGUUUUGAUGGAGGCGGAAGUAUACGGCUGCCAGCAGCUUUUUCGGGUGCAUUUGGGCUGGCACCAACGUUUGGCAGAGUGCCCUUUGACUCGGAUGCGAGCGUCACCUCGGGCAAUGUCCAUGCCGGUGUGAAUACGGCAACCACAACCGACACGGCCCUGGCAUAUGCGCUUCUGGCACAAAACGAACCUGGCCACAUGAUCAACCAAGUGUACGACGGGGAUGUGCAUGGGCCGCCUCGACCACAUUUGACAGACUUUGACAAAAUAGACAACUUUGAGGGCCUUAGAAUUGGAGUUUUCUGGGAUUACUUCAAUGACUCCGACCCUGAGAUUGCCGCCUCUUGCAAGGCGGUCAUCACUGAGCUCGAGAAACGCGGGGCAAAAGUCGUGGAAGUAUCCAUUCCUCACCUCAAAGCCAUGUCUUUGGCACAUGGAUUGAAUAUUUCAGUGGCAUUUUCAGCACUGGAAGAGACUCACUUUUAUCACCGUGACGACCUCGAGCCAGCAACGAAGAUCCAAUUGCAAAUGGGAAAGACAGUGACCGGGACAGAAUUGAUGUCCUGCAAUCGAAUCCGGGGCUGGGCCGCACAGUACGUCAAGAAACUCUUUGCAGAGGAAAUGGAUGUAUUCAUUACGCCGUCAUGUCCCAUUGUGGCCCCGCGGAUUGCAAAAGACGCAUUGGAAUGUGGCGAGUCAAAUCUUCCUCUCUUGUCGGUUGUCAUGCGCUAUGUCCCACUCGUCAACUUGUGUGGGUUUCCCGGAAUGGCAAUCCCUGUCGCUUACUCAGAGAAAGAGAAGCUACCCAUCAGUGUUCAAUUUGUUGCAGAUCACUGGAAGGACGCCUUGCUUUUGAGACUGUCUCAUUUUGUGGAGAAACACAUGUUUGAGCGUGUACCCCCAAAGCACUUUGUACAAAUGAAUCUGAAUAGCAGCUAGGCACUUGGCAUAAAGCUAUCCAUGAGAAUGGGUAUUCAGCUUCUGAUGAAAACUACAAAUACGACAACUAAGUGGUCAUUGCAUGGUCAAUAACUAGCUAGUAGAUAAGAGAGGCUUUUAGUCAAUUUCCACAUCGAAAGCGCUCCCACCAACAACUCUGCGAGACAAUGACGCCACCGGUGAUAAAACGCCAUAGCCUUCGUCUUGUCCAUUAUGAGGUUUGGGGCGAGGGCUUUUUGCCCCUUUUGUAGAAACCAUGAUGUCACUUUCUUCUUCAGAAAGGUCAUGGGUCCCCGGCGAACUGUCUCGUUCUGUAGAAUUCGAAGGAGCCGAUGAUAGAUAGAGCUCGUCCAGUAGAUUGAUGAAUAUGCCAUGAACACAAACUCGCGUCCAAUCUGAAACAAAUGCAAUGUUUCGAAAGGCCUUGAGACAGUAAUCCCAGCUGCUGUAGUCGUCCUCUCCACUGUGCUUGUCCAGGGCAAGUCCCAGGAAGCAGAGUGACUGCGUGAUGAUGUACCAAUACUCUGCGACUACAAUUGUCUGUGCCAUGAUUGUUCCUCUUCCGCGAUGAUGCCCACCCACCGAUGUGACCGAGUUGUACAUGGCCAUGGUGCUCAACACUGGCGGCGCGCUGAUGAUGUUUCCAAGUCGCUUGAUACACCACAGAUUGG